AGAAAUGAAGCAUAUAUGUUGCCAUCGGAAAAAAUUUAUGAAGAGCAUAGUAAAAUUAAUGUUAAAUUAGACAAUAACCGUAUAUAUGAAGAUCUAACUAGAGGAUUUUCUAAAUUUCCAGGUAUUGAUAAGAUUUUCCAUAGGCUCAUAAUGAAUUUAAAGUAUCUUAAUACUAAAUAUAAAUAUGAUACAUCUCUAAUAUAUAAUUGCAAAUUUUUACACUACUGGAUGUAUGAUCUUGUAAUUAACGAACUAAAUGUAACUGAUGAUAAUAAAUACAUAGAAAUAAUUACUAUGUUGUACGUUGCAUGGUUUAAGUUCAAGGAAAUGUUGGAUGAAAGUAAAUAUAUAUGUGAACCUGACAGUGGACCUCUUAUUUCACUUCCUGUAAAAGAAUUCAUAUUUAGGAAAGAAAUGUAUGAUUAUUAUUAUAAUUAUCUAAAAAUUGAAAAGCAGGAAUUAUCUCAUAUAAAUGGUUGUAGUGAGACAUGUAAAUAUUUGACUUCUAUAUAUGGAAAAUAUGAAACAUUUAAAUCUACCUGUUCUACUUCAAAAAAUAACAAAUGUAUAACUGAAUUUAACAAUAUUGUUAAAUAUGAUCCAUCUUUUCUGUUUGAUAAAUUAAAAUGCAAAAGUGAGUGUAAUAGAAAUGAAGAAUUAGUACCUCCUAAAAAUUUAGAACAAAACCCGGUGGUUGACGUUAGGAUUCAAGAUGAAACAGUUAAGGAUGUUACCCAAGAUUCCAAGGAAAAUAGUGACCGUAUGAUUAUUUUAAAUGUAGUUUUACCAGUUUCCGUAUUCUUUCUAUUAUUUCCAAUGUUGUAUAAGGUAAAUAAAUUUGUUAUAUAG